AUGAAACUUUUGAUAGACACAAAGAAUCAGAAAGUUCUCUUUGCUGAAGCAUCCAAACCUGUCAUUGACUUUCUCUUCAACUUGCUCUGUCUCCCUAUAGGAACUGUGGUCAGGUUCCUCAACGAGAGAGGCAUGGUGGGUAGCUUAGGAAAUCUCUACCAGAGUGUUGCAAAUCUCGGCGACAACUACAUGGUUCCAAACCAAGGUAAGGAUGUUCUGUUAAAGCCAAAAGCUCUCAUCUCUUCAUCUGAAAUCGCUGGCCUUCUUCCUACAAACGAUGAGGCAGCUAAAGAUAUCAUUGGACCCUCGCUCUUCAUGUGCCUGAGUCGUUGUCACUAUACAGUGACAUAUGAUAGCACAAGUCGUUGUGCUUAUUGCUCGGGAACUAUGAACAAUGGAGUAAGUUAUGUGGGAAAGAAGGUUGCUAAUGAUAUGGGAAGUUCCAUUAAGAAUGGGUUUGUGAAAGAGAUGAUACCUUACAUGGUCAUGGACGAUUUAGUCAUUGAGCCCAUGUCAAUAUCAAACAUUAAUAUAUUACUUAGUAAGUCCAAUGGCAAAGAUGUUGGUGCCUUGCAAGAAAAGGUGGUUCACUUGGGCAUGGAUGAGGGUAUCAAGAUUCUUAAGGCUUCUCUGCAGUCCAAGACUGUUCUGACAAGUGUAUUCGUCAAGAAUAAUUUUGAAUAG